GCUUCUUAUGUGUAGGUGACUGUAAUGUAAACAACAACAAGCAGCACGCUUGUUCGUAAUUCAGUAUUUUCUUCAAUUUUCCUUAGCACAAUGCCUGUCCCCUGUGGAAGUAGCUGUGGUCGCAAUGCUUUCAUGCGGCGACCAAAAACGGGCGAUACGCUCUGCAAGGAAUGUUUCUUCCUUGCGUUCGAGACGGAAAUACACAACACCAUCCAGCAGGAGCAGCUGUUCCGGCCGGGCGAAAAGGUAGCGAUAGCGGCCAGCGGCGGAAAGGACAGCACCGUGCUGGCGCACGUGAUGAACCUGUUGAACAAGCGCUACAACUACGGCCUAGAUCUGGUGCUGCUGUCCAUCGACGAGGGAAUCACCGGGUACCGGGACGACAGCCUGAAAACGGUGGCCCAAAACCGGGACGACUAUGGCAUGCCGUUGCGCGUACUAUCGUACCAGGAGCUGUACGGGUGGACGAUGGAUCGCAUAGUGGCGGAGAUAGGCCGCAGCAACAAUUGCACUUUCUGCGGCGUGUUCCGCCGGCAGGCGCUUGAUCGCGGCGCACGCUUGAUGGAGGUCGACUGUGUGGCUACGGGCCACAAUGCGGACGACAUUGCGGAAACCGUCAUCAUGAACAUCCUGCGCGGCGAUACGGCACGAUUGCGGCGCUGCUGUGAUAUCAAAACGGGAUCCAAAGAGGCGGACACGAUCCCUCGGGUGAAACCGCUUAAGUAUAGCUACGAGAAAGAGAUCGUGAUGUACGCACACUUCAAGAAGCUGGUUUACUUCUCGACCGAAUGUGUCUUUGCUCCGAACGCAUACCGGGGCCAUGCGCGGGCGUUUUUGAAGGAUCUGGAAAAGGUGCGCCCAUCGGCCAUCAUGGACAUUAUUCAUGCCGGCGAGCAGCUGCAAAUCAAGGGCACGGUGAAGAAGCCGGUCCGUGGGGUGUGUGGUCGGUGCGGGUUCGUCUCGUCCCAGCAGCCGUGCAAGGCGUGUGUGCUGCUGGAAGGGCUAAACCGUGGAUUGCCCAAGCUAGGCAUCGGGAAAAAGUCGAAGGGCGAACGGAUGGUGGCACUGCAGGAACAGCAGCUGCGGGAGAAGGCACAUCUUGUAAAGAAUGAUUUUUGAUGUGAUUCGGAUUUGUUUGCAAUAUACGGAAGCUUGUGGAUGGAAA